AUGAAUCUAUGGACGGACGACAACGCGUCUGUAAUGGAAGCAUUUAUGAACUCCUCCGAUCUCUCUUCUCUUUGGGCACCGCCUCCGCAAUCGUCCGCCUCCACUUCCACGCCAGCAGCAGCAGCAGCAGCACAGCCAUCUGAGAAAAAUAUGUUGAGCCAAGAAACACUCCAGCAACGCCUUCAAGCAUUGAUUGAAGGCGCGCGCGAGAGCUGGACUUAUGCAAUUUUCUGGCAAUCCUCAUAUGAUUAUUCUGGCGCUUCCAUCUUAGGAUGGGGCGACGGAUAUUAUAAAGGGGAAGAAGAUAAAGGCAAAGCUAGAAUGAAAAAUUCUGCAUCGUCAGUUGCUGAACAAGAGCACCGUAAAAAGGUGCUCCGUGAGCUGAAUUCGUUGAUUGCUGGGCCCAAUUUUGUUACCGAUGAUGCUAUUGAUGAAGAGGUUACUGAUACCGAGUGGUUUUUUCUUGUUAGCAUGACUCAGUCUUUUGUUAAUGGAAGUGGGUUACCUGGUCAAGCUCUUUUCAAUGGGAGCCCGGUUUGGGUUGCUGGGUCGGAGAGGUUGGGGACUUCGCCGUGUGAAAGAGCCAGGCAGGGUCAGGUUUUUGGUUUACAGACUUUGGUUUGUAUACCGUCGGCCAAUGGUGUUGUUGAAUUGGGUUCUACCGAAUUGAUUUUUCAAAGCUCGGAUCUGAUGAAUAAGGUUAGGGUUUUGUUUAAUUUUAAUAGUUCUGAAGUGGGUUCAUGGCCGAUUGGAACAACAAAUACUGAUCAGGGUGAGAAUGAUCCAUCUUCGCUUUGGCUUACUGAUCCAGAAACUAAAGAUGUAAAUGGUGGGAUGCCCUCAAGUGCCGCACAUCAGAACGGAAAUCACCAUAACAACAACAACAACAACAACAACAAUAAUCAUAGUUCCAAUCCCAGUUCGAGUAGUUUGACCGACCAUCUGGGCGGAAUUAAUCAGGUUCAGAAUCAUCAACAGCAGCCGAUGCAUACACAGUCUCUUUUAGGCCGAGAGUUGAAUUUUGGGGAGUACAACACGUACGAUGGGAGUAGUGUUAGAAAUGGGAAUUCCCAUACGAUGAAGCCAGAAUCUGGAGAGAUAUUGAAUUUUGGGGAGAGUAAGAGGAGUGCUUCCAGUGCAAAUGGGAAUUUCUAUUCGGGUUUGGUGACAGAGGAGAGUAAUAAGAAGAAGAGAUCACCUUCUUCAAGGGGUGGUAAUGAAGAGGGGAUGCUUUCAUUUACUUCUGGUGUGAUUUUGCCUUCUUCUGGUGUGGUGAAAUCGAGUGGUGGUACAGGAGGGGAUUCAGAUCACUCUGAUCUCGAGGCUUCGGUUGUAAAAGAGGCGGAUAGCAGCAGGGUUGUGGAACCGGAAAAGAGGCCACGAAAACGAGGAAGAAAACCUGCGAAUGGAAGAGAAGAGCCUUUGAAUCAUGUUGAAGCAGAGAGGCAGAGGAGAGAGAAACUUAAUCAGAGGUUUUAUUCUCUACGAGCUGUGGUUCCUAAUGUCUCAAAGAUGGACAAAGCUUCACUUCUUGGUGAUGCCAUAUCGUAUAUCAAUGAGCUUAGAACGAAGCUGCAAUCUGCUGAGUCUAGUAAGGAAGAGUUAGAGAAGAAAGUGGAAUCGAUAAAGAGGGAGUCAGUGAGCAAGGAUUCAAGUUCUCCACCCAAUCAGGAGCUCAAGAUGUCAAAUAACCAGGGAGUUAAACCAAUAGACAUGGAUAUUGAUGUGAAGAUAAGUGGAUGGGAUGCAAUGAUACGAAUCCAAUGUUGUAAAACGAACCAUCCUGCUGCUAGGCUAAUGUCGGCCUUGAGAGACUUGGACCUUGAUGUUCAGUAUGCCAAUGUGUCUGUGAUGAAUGAUUUGAUGAUCCAGCAAGCCACAGUGAAGAUGGGUAGUCGGUUUUACACGCAAGAAGAGCUCAGGGUAGCCAUAUCAACAAAAGUUGGUGGUGCUCGAUAG